AUGGCUACAACAUGUGCUACUGUCUCACCAGAGGCAAAAAAGCCCAACUCCCUUACAAUCAAUGGGUUCCGGAUCUCAACCCAGAAACUGCCCAUUCUCAAAGCCGACCCGAUCGAAGAAAUGACCCAGAAGCUCGGCAUUGCUCCUCCUGAAAUGAUCUUCGGCGAUAACUAUGUUGCAAUUGAGCACGAGAAAGGUGAUUGGGGUAUCAAUUUCAACGCGUUUGACGCCUUGGACCAGGUAGACAAGACUGGUCAAUCUAUGCUACAAGUCGCAUACUCCGGGGAAUGGCAGAAGAGCAGAGAGAAAACACAUGAAGGAAUUAAAGAAGUCGUCAAGCCGUUCGACUGGUCUUACAGCACAGACUAUAAAGGCACCCUCCAUCCAAAUGCGCGCCCAUUCGAGCCAACAACAAAGCCUAUUCCGGUUGAACUAUUGAAGCGUCCUGAUCCCAUUCUUUUUUUCGACGAGGUUGUGCUCUACGAAGAUGAACUGGCGGACAAUGGAAUUACAAUGCUGUCUUGCAAGAUCCGAGUGAUGCCAGGGAGACUCCUCCUAUUGACAAGGUUUUUCAUGCGGCUUGAUCAUGUUUUGAUCCGACUUCGAGACACUCGAGUCUAUGUGGACUUUGAAGCGAAAGAGGUCAUUCGAGAAUACCUUUCUAAAGAAUGUACAUAUGAGAAAAUUCGAGAGAAGCUAGCGGCAACCAGGGACGAUAUCCCAGCUUUUAUGAGAGAUGCAAAUCGACUUUCCGAGAUCCUCCCUGUUGUAGAACAGCGCACUGAACGUCUGGUCCUAGAUUGA